AUGCGGUUGACUUCAUUUGUUAAAGAUCGGAACAGUAUUGGGAAAAGUGUCACCAAUGUUCUUACUGGAUUUUUCAGCGAAUACGAGACACAAAAGUUGGUUUUAAUUCACAGUGUGAAAUAUGUUGGUUUACGUCGUAUAAUACAAAUUAUUGUUCUGAUUUAUUUUGUUAUAUAUUUCCUUAUUUAUGAGAAAGGUUAUCAAAAACAAAGUACAGCCAUUGUAUCAUCAGUCGCACUUAAAGUAAAAGGUAUUGGUUAUGUUCGAACACCAGAAAAUAAAACAAUUAUUAUGGAUGUAGCAGAUUAUAUUAUUCCAGCAUCGGAAAACAAUGCGAUAUUUGUAAUGACAACGUUCAUAGAAACCGAUCAAAGACGAUCGACAUGCGCUGAAAGUUCACAACUCAAACAAGCAAAGUGUAGAAGCAAUAGUGAUUGUGUCACUAAAUCGUUUAUUGCAGGCAUGAACGGACUUUGGACGGGUCGAUGUUUAUUUACAUCAAAACCAACUGUCAUUAUUGGAGCAGAAAAUACUACAAAUAGUAGAACAGGUUUAUGUGAAUAUGAAGGUUGGUGUCCACCAGAAGAUGAUGCUGUAUCUCCUAUGUAUAUUCGGGGACCUCUUGGCUUUAGAAUAUUUAUCAAAAAUUUUAUUGAAUUUCCAGCAUUUGGAGUGAAACAUAAAAAUAUGGUUGCUGAUUUAAAACCAUGCGUCUUCCAUCCAACCGAUGAUAAAGAUUGUCCGAUUUUCCCUCUCGAUUAUAUUGUAAAUCAAGCUGAAAAUGACAGUAAUGAACGUGAUUUAAUGUUGCAAUAUGGUGGUGUCAUUGGUGUUAAACUUAAUUGGAUUUGUAACUUAGAUCGAAAUAUAAAAAUGUGUAAACCUCAAUAUUCAUUUGCUCGUCUUGAUGUACCUUAUCGUGAAAAGCCAUUUUCAGUUGGUUUCAAUUUUCGUUAUGCUUCUACUUGGAAACACGAAAGAGGCCAGUUUCGUACAUUAACAAAAGUUUACGGUCUUCGAUUCAUAAUUGCAACGAGUGGUAAAGCUGGAAAAUUCGAUUUUAUUACAUUGAGUUUAAACAUUGGCUCAUUGGUUGGAAUAUUUGGUUUAGCAACAUUUGUUUGUGAUAUUAUCAUACUUAAUUUAUCGAAAAGAGCAAAAUUGUAUCGAAAGCAUAUCUGUGAAACGGUUCAUUUUCGAACACGUUUUAGUAGCGCAAUACCAUUAAUGAAAAUGGAUUCAAAAGGCAGCUCUAGUAAUCGUCUAAAUCCUAGAAGAAAAGAUGAAACAACAUUAUUAAAUGAACUAAUUACCGAUUCUACAAAAAUUCGAGAGAAAACAGUUGGGAUGCGGUCACUGAUUGUUAACGAUAUGAAUCAUCUCCAUUGUUCGCCCUUGGUUUGA